AUAUGAGAAAUUGCAAGAAAACAAAACCCUUCUCUCUUGCUUGCUUAAACCCUAAUAAUUGAUUGUGGGUCGUUUUUUGUCCUCCAAAAACUUAGCCCUCGCUAUUUACAUAAUCGUGUACGACUAACCCUAAUUUCAAGAAGCAUUUGCAUAUUCGUGAAACAUAUAUUGUUAAUAGAAGCAAGGAAUGUGAAGAAAAGAUGAAGAGAAAGCAAGAAGAUGAGGUUCCAUGCAAGGUUGAGCAGAAGAGUGUGUGUAAACUUGGAGAUGGAGCGGCAUGGUUGAGGGGUGCAAUGAUCGGGAAAGGAAGUUUUGGGUCAGUUUAUUUCGCGGAUUCGAAGAAACCCAGGUUGCGACAUAGCUAUUUGCCUUCCGUUAUUGCUGUGAAAUCUGCUGAGGUCUCUGUUUCAGGUUCAAUCCAGAAGGAGAGAGAGGUUUUGAGUAACAUCCAAUGGUGCCCCUAUAUUAUUCAAUGUUUUGGGGAUGAGAUCACUACGAGUGAGAAUGGUCAGAUGGUGUAUAAUUUGUUGUUGGAGUAUGGUUGUGGAGGAACCCUAGGUGGUUUGAUUAAGAAAUCUAACGGUUUUGGGUUGCCUGAAUCCGAUGUUAGGUGCUAUACGAGGUCAAUUCUUCGAGGCCUUAAUCACAUUCACAAGUGUGGCUAUGUGCACCGUGAUAUAAAGCCUGAGAACAUAAUACUUCUGCCUAUUACUACAGGUGCUGUUACCAAAUUUAAGGCGAAGAUUGGUGAUUUCGGGUUGGCGAAGAGGAUGGAAAAGUUUGAUCCUUAUUUGAGAGGCACUCCUCUAUAUUUGUCGCCCGAAGCUGUGGUUGAUAACAUACAAGAGCCUCCCUCUGAUAUUUGGGCUCUUGGCUGUAUUGUGCUUGAGAUGCUAACAGGGAAGCCGCCUUGGGAUAUGAAAGAAGAUCAGGAUGCCGAGAGCCUUCUACGUCAGAUUGGUAAAGGGUGUACAUUGCCUACAAUUCCAAGCAAGAUAUCAAAAGAGGGGAGGGAUUUCUUGAAGGGUUGUUUUGUGAGGACGGCCAAGUUUAGAUUGACAGCUGAAAUGCUACUGAACCACCCAUUCAUAGGAGGAUUAGUUGAUGAUGACGGAGAAGUUGAACAAGAGGACGAGGUCUUUAAUGCGGACUUGUCAUUUACGCUCUCUGAUAAUGAUGACGAGUUCAGUUCUUACAGCUUCUCGGAUGAUUGUAGCUUCAUAUCUGAAGGAGACUCCUCCUAUUCUUCGUCAGAAGAAGAUGUCGAGGAGAUGGAUAAUGAAUUGGUUUCUAGUUUUGCUGAAGAAGAAGCAUCAGAAGUUCAAGAAAGGGUGGACAUUACAAAGUCUAGCAAUGCUUCUGAACUUGACCAGGUUUCAUCAAACAAAAUGCAGCAGUGUCCAAUUGCUUUUGCCAUUCCUGCUGGACUAUAGCACUUAUUGUCUCGGUACAUUUAGUCAUUCUUUAAAAGUAUAUUUAGAGGUCAUUUUACAAAGAGCUUUCUUACUGUACAUAUGACAUUACGUCUUCACGUGUCAUAUUUGUUAAAAGUUUAGGAAUUAUGAUUCUUUUCAAUAGGUUAUAAACACAGCAUUUAAGUAUGUUAUAAUUGUAUUUCUUGGGCACUUUCAUCAGCUCAACCCUUUGUAUUUGACAACGAGAUUCUUAAAUCUAAUGACUUUGAGGUACUCGAUUAAGAAACCUGUUAUUGUGAUAUUGUUUAACACCAUAAUAACAUUUGUAUAUAAUGAGAAGCAAUAUAAUUAAUUUCAUGAUCUGUUUGUAAGAUACUUCUAAA